AUGCGGCUCGUCCUCAGCACCACCGACAAGGCCACGGUUACUGCCGCGGCGUGCCCCGCGGAUGUCACAAAACUGACUGCGCUUGCUGAUGGGUUUGCGGAGAAGCUGCGGGCGGGACCCGGCAUCACUUCAGUGAACUUGAUGGCAGUAAAGUGCGAAUUCAUCGACAACAACAAGGUGCUCGUCACGUUUGCCACCAACGUGGCCAGUACCUCAUCCUCGGCCGUAUCCAGCCUCCUUGGAGCCAUCAACUCACCCCGUGACGUCGGCGGCGCUCAGCCAUCAGCUGGGCUGUGCUCGUCGCCCCUUCUUGGGCCACUGUGCAGCAGCACCAAUUUUGGCUCCUUGAAGGUGGUGGACGGCUGUGCGACGGUCAACCUCCAGUGCACCCCUGCAAUUCUGGUAGCCAAGAAAUGUGUCGUGCCAACCGGCACUGUCGGCGGCUACAUUGUCAUCCGCAACCCCACCACCAGGGCGGCGACUGUCUUCUUUGACGGGGAGGUGCAAGGUGCGGACGGCGACGAGGUGCUUACGGAUGAAGACGUUGACGCAGACCAGGGCAGCGGCGGGCGCAAGCUGCUGGCUGUGGUGCAACCCCAAAAGGCUGUGUUCCAGGCGUGCUGCGUUAGCCCCAAGCAGCGGGAACCGCCGAAGGGCAACGCGCCCACUUGCAAGCUCGUCAAUGUGGGCAAGACGAUGAACCAGCUGAAGAAGCUGUCCAAGUGCAAGUGCCUCAACCUGCGAGAGUAUGUCAAGUCGGCAAUGUGA